UCGAAAGAGGCAAUAAACAAUUUCUGAUCAAACUUGAAAAUGGUUAAGUUUACAACAUGCUACUUAGCAGUGUCCACACUUAUUGCAGUUGUCUGUAGUAUUACAGUGUGUGUGGGCUUCAUCGUUAUGUUGAGUAACAUGGAAGAAGCAUGCCCACCUCUUAAGUGUCCUACAGAAAACAGCUAUUCUGCAAUUGUCCAGUCACCACCAGAACCACCAGAACUGUCUACAGCUUCUCAUCCUACCUUUCCUGGAAGCUCAUCAGGUAUUCUGCUAGAAGGAAAAAUUGCCCACCCUAGAUCAGACAUUUACGACCCUGACGAUAAAAAUACCGACAACAUUUACGUUCGAAAACCACAAGAAAGGAAGAUUUCUCUUACUAGUUUCUCGGAAAACGACGAUGACAACAGUAACAACAUAGAACCGGUAUUUCUUUUACAAAAGACCAUUCCAGGAAACGACCAAAAUAUGGUAGCCCUUCUGUCAUCUAUGGUUUCUCGUGGCACUGAUCACAACACAGAAGCGAAAAUAGAGUCUACGAAAAACUUCAACCUCGAAAAGAAAAUGACAGGUGUCUUGUCGUCUUUUGUUUCUUCCGAGACAAAUUCAGCAGAAGAAAGGGAUUUCUUUAACAAGUUUUUGAUACUCCUUUCGGAGCAAGGAAUUGACCAGGAUAUCAAACCGAAAAUGUUUCAGGUCCUAGAAAACAUAAUGGGUCGGCCCGAGCACGAUAAGGCAAUUAGACUGAAAAUGGUGAAGCUCAUGUCAAAGAUCGUUUCGCAAAACAUUGAUGAGGCCGUCAAGUGGAAAAUGCUAAAACUUCUCUUGAAAAUAGCUUCACAAGAAACCGAAACAAAAAUCAAAUCGAAAAUGAUAGCAAUCCUUCAAGACAUUAACGAGGAGAAAAGCAUCGGGUUAAAGCUGAAGGCCGCAAAUUCUCUGUCUGCAGUCGUUGACUACCACGCCAUAGAUGAAACAAGAUCACAAAUGGAGAGUCUACUUUCUAUGAUAGUAUCUCCAGCCAAGGAAACAAACGUGCUAAACAUUUUCACGAAUAUUCUUUAUGAUCUUAAACCACUGGAAUUGGACGUUGAUCAAAAAUCAAAAAUGAUUGCCGUACUUUUCAGUGUUUCUCCUGAAGAAAGCACACCUGAUGUAGAUCCUGCCAAGAAAACCGACAUACUGAAAAUUUUCUCGGAAAUUCUCCAUGAUCUUAAAGGACUGGAAUUGGACGUUGACCAAAAUUCAGGAAUGAUUAACGUUCUGUUCAGUGUUGCACGUGGAGAAAACACACAUGAUGCGGACCCUGCCAAAAAAAUGAACAUGCUGAGCGUUUUCUCGAAUAUUGUUUAUGAUCUUACAACACUGGCAUUGAACGUUGACCAAAAAUCAGAAAUGAUUAACGUACUCUCCAGUGUUGUUCGUGAAGAAAACACACCUUAUCGAGGUCAGGCCAAGAAAACAGACAUGCUGAACAUUUUCUCGAAUAUUCUUUAUGAUCUUACACUACUGGAAUUGGACGUUGAUCAAAAAUCAAAAAUGAUUGCCGUUUUUUUCAGUGUUUCUCCUGAAGAAAACACAUCUGAUGUAGAUCCUGCCGAGAAAACCGACAUGCUGAACAUUUUCUCGAAAAUUCUUCAUGGUCUAAAAGGAUUGGAAUUGGGCGAUGACCAGAAAUCAGUAAUGAUUAACGCACUCUUCAGUCUUGCUCGUGAAGAAAAUACACCUGAUGCGGACACUGCCGAGAAAACAUACAUUCUGAAAACGUUCUCGAAAAUUCUUCAUGAUCUUAAAGCACUGGAAUUGGACGUUGACAAACAAUCAGAAAUGAUUAACGUUCUGUCCAGUGUUGCACGUGGAGAAAACACACCUGAUGCGGACCCUGCCAAGAAAAUGAACAUGCUGAGCGUUUUCUCGAAUAUUGUUUAUGAUCUUACAACCAUGGCAUUGGACGUUGACCAUAAAUCAGAAAUGAUUAACGUACUCUCCAGUGUUGCUCGUGAAGAAAACACACCUUAUCCAGGUCAGGCCAAGAAAACAGACAUGCUGAACAUUUUCUCGAAUAUUCUUUAUGAUCUUACACUACUGGAAUUGGACGUUGAUCAAAAAUCAAAAAUGAUUGCCGUAUUUUUCAGUGUUUCUCCUGAAGAAAACCCAUCUGAUGUAGAUCCUGCCGAGAAAACCGACAUGCUGAACAUUUUCUCGAAAAUUCUUCAUGGUCUAAAAGGAUUGGAAUUGGGCGAUGAUCAAAAAUCAGCAAUGAUUAACGCACUAUUCAGUCUUGCUCGUGAAGAAAAUACACCUGAUGCGGACACUGCCGAGAAAACAUACAUACUGAAAAUGUUCUCGGAAAUUCUUCAUGAUCUUAAAGCACUGGAAUUGGACGUUGACAAACAAUCAGAAAUGAUUAACGUUCUGUCCAGUGUUGCACGUGGAGAAAACACACCUGGUGCGGACCCUGCCAAUAAAAUGAACAUGCUGAGCGUUUUCUCGAAUAUUGUCAAUGAUCUUACAACCCUGGCAUUGGACGUUGACCAAAAAUCAGAAAUGAUUAACGUACUCUCCACUGUUGCUCGUGAAGAAAACACACCUUAUCCAGGUCAGGCCAAGAACACAGACAUGCUGAACAUUUUCUCGAAUAUUCUUUAUGAUCUUACACUACUGGAAUUGGACGUUGAUCAAAAAUCAAAAAUGAUUGCCGUUUUUUUCAGUGUUUUUCUUGAAGAAAACCCAUCUGAUGUAGAUCCUGCCGAGAAAACCGACAUGCUGAACAUUUUCUCGAAAAUUCUUCAUGGUCUAAAAGGAUUGGAAUUGGGCGAUGACCAGAAAUCAGUAAUGAUUAACGCACUAUUCAGUCUUGCUCGUGAAGAAAAUACACCUGAUGCGGACACUGCCGAGAAAACAUACAUACUGAAAACGUUCUCGAAAAUUCUUCAUGAUCUUAAAGCACUGAAAUUGAACGUUGACAAACAAUCAGAAAUGAUUAACGUUCUGUGCAGUGUUGCACGUGGAGAAAACACACCUGAUGCGGACCCUGCCAAGAAAAUGAACAUGCUGAGCGUUUUCUCGAAUAUUGUUUAUGAUCUUACAACCUUGGCAUUGGACGUUGACCAUAAAUCAGAAAUGAUUAACGUACUCUACAGUGUUGCUCGUGAAGAAAACACACCUUAUCCAGGCCAGGCCAAGAAAACAGACAUGCUGAACAUUUUCUCGAAUAUUCUUUAUGAUCUUACACUACUGGAAUUGGACGUUGAUCAAAAAUCAAAAAUGAUUGCCGUAUUUUUUCAGUGUUUCUCCUGAAGAAAACCCGUCUGAUGUAGAUCCUGCCGAGAAAACCGACAUGCUGAACAUUUUCUCGAAAAUUCUUCAUGGUCUAAAAGGAUUGGAAUUGGGCGAUGACCAAAAAUCAGCAAUGAUUAACGCACUAUUCAGUCUUGCUCGUGAAGAAAAUACACCUGAUGCGGAUACUGCCGAGAAAACAUACAUACUGAAAAUGUUCUCGGAAAUUCUUCAUGAUCUUAAAGCACUGGAAUUGGACGUUGACAAACAAUCAGAAAUGAUUAACGUUCUGUCCAGUGUUGCACGUGGAGAAAACACACCAGGUGCGGAGCCUGCCAAUAAAAUGAACAUGCUGAGCGUUUUCUCGAAUAUUGUCAAUGAUCUUACAACCCUGGCAUUGGACGUUAACCAAAAAUCAGAAAUGAUUAACGUACUCUCCAGUGUUGCUCGUGAAGAAAACACACCUUAUCCAGGUCAGGCCAAGAACACAGACAUGCUGAACAUUUUCUCGAAUAUUCUUUAUGAUCUUACACUACUGGAAUUGGACGUUGAUCAAAAAUCAAAAAUGAUUGCCGUAUUUUUCAGUGUUUCUCCUGAAGAAAACCCGUCUGAUGUAGAUCCUGCCGAGAAAACCGACAUGCUGAACAUUUUCUCGAAAAUUCUUCAUGGUCUAAAAGGAUUGGAAUUGGGCGAUGACCAAAAAUCAGCAAUGAUUAACGCACUAUUCAGUCUUGCUCGUGAAGAAAAUACACCUGAUGUGGACACUGCCGAGAAAACAUACAUACUGAAAACGUUCUCGAAAAUUCUUCAUGAUCUUAAAGCACUGGAAUUGGACGUUGACAAACAAUCAGAAAUGAUUAACGUUCUGUCCAGUGUUGAACGUGGAGAAAACACACCUGCUGCGAACCCUGCCAAGAAAAGGAACAUGCUGAGCGUUUUCUCGAAUAUUGUUUAUGAUCUUACAACCCUGGCAUUGGACGUUAACCAAAAAUCAGAAAUGAUUAACAUAUUCUCCAGUGUUGCUCGUGAAGAAAACACACUUUAUCCAGUGUUUUUCCUGAAGAAAACCCAUCUGAUGUAGAUCCUGCCGAAAAAACCGAUAUGCUGAACAUUUUUUCGAAAAUUCUUCGUGGUCUAAAAGGAUGGGAAUUGGACGAUGACCAAAAAUCAGUAAUGAUUAAUGCACUCUUCAGUCUUGCUCGUGAAGAAAACACACCUUAAAUCACAACUUUAAAAUCAAGCGUUCAUUAACAAUACACACAAGAAUUUAAAAUAAA